AACAAUCCCUUUCAUCCAUCCUUAGAAUCUCAAAACCUCAACUUCCUUCUUCUUCUUCUUCUUCUUCAUCUUUACACUCUUCUUUCUUCUACAUACACUCAAAUGCAUAUACAUAUACAUAAGACACGUAUAGGUACACAUGCAUACAUAAAAAUACAGAGAUACACCUAUCAAUCUCUCUAUAAAACCUUUUUAUUCUCCUCUUCCCUUUUUCCCUCUCCCCCAAUUUCCUCACUUCUCUCUUUCUCUCUCUCUUAAUAUCUUUUCAUUGAUCAUCGACCAACCAAAACCAAAACCAAAACCAAAAGAAAAGAAAACAUAAAAACACAAACAAAAAAAAUCAGAUCUUUGAAAGCUUCUUCUUUAUUAUAUAACUCUACAAUAUGGAUCCGUCCUCUGCAAACUCAGUGAACGGAUUCUACUCAUUUCUAAACAGAUCAAUGGAAGAUCUCGAAAGAGUUUAUCUUUCAAACAACUUCAUGUCCGUACACUUCUUACAGAGAGCUCUCUGUCUUCUCCGCACCUCUCACUCUCAUCUCACUCUCUUAGUUCAAAAGCUUCAGCUUCCCGUCGGUGACAAAUGGCUCGACGAGUAUAUGGACGAAAGCUCUAAACUUUGGGAAGCUUGUCUCGUCAUCAAAUCCGCCGUCUCCUCCGUCGAAAACUUCUCCUCCGCUGGGAUUUCAAUCGCUUCCACCCUCGAUGGUCAUCACCACCACCGUCGUCUCUCACCUCAGCUCUCUCGUCAGGUGAUAAGGGCAAUAUCAGGAUGUAGGAGAGAAGCGAUAGGGAUAGAGGAAGAAAACAGAGCAUUGAUGGAGAACAGAGUUCAAAGGUUUCCGUUUUGGUCGGAACAAACGUCGGCGACGGCGAUAGAAUCGUCGACAAAGUUACAAAACGGAUUCAGCGGUUUCCGCGGCGUGCUCUACGCGACGAGGAACAUGAGCUCGCUUCUCCUCAUGGUAUUAAUGAACGGUCUCGUCUACUGUUUCCCAGGAGACACAACAACGCAAACGCAGACGCAGAUAACGCAAACGCAGAGUCAAGGCGGAGGUUUCGCCGGAGCGAUGGGUCGGUUGCAGCAGAGAGUGGCGGCUGAGGUCGGGAGGAUGGGGAUGAGGAAAGGGAUACUGAUGCACGAGUACCGGCGGAGCAAAUCAGCGUUGGAGGAGCUAAAAGCAGAGCUGGAGAGAAGGUUCUGCAACGGCGGGGGCGGGGGAGAGAGGGAGGAGGAGGCGGAGGAGGAAGAGAGGGAGCUGAGAGAGAGAGUGGAGAAUCUGAAAGGGUACUUUGGGAAUUUAAGGAACGGGACAGAGAGUAUAGUGGCGCAAAUCGAUGAUUUCUUUGAUGAAAUUGUUGAAGGAAGAAAGAAGCUUUUGGAUUUCUGCAGCCAUAGAUGAAUCAAUGAAUCAUCUCAAAAGCUGACAUUUUGGUUUUCUCUUCUUCUUCAGUUUACCCAAAUAAAAUAAUUGUGUAAGCUUUAGAUGAAUCAAUCAGUUGGUAGGGAGUUGUUGUAGUUUUUUUUUUUUUGAUCUUUGUUGUUAUGAAGAAAAAAAAAAUUGAGAAUUUUGUCAGUAUUGAUGAUCUAUUUUAGUAUUUUGAUGUUUAUAUAUGAAAUUCUAGAAAUGGAUUGAUUCUCUGAAUCAUAUCUAAAGUAAAUGUCUGCUUUUUCAGUUU